CCUGCUGGUCCAACUGAGGAAGAUGAAGGACGUUGUCCAGAACAAUCUGUUCCCGUCGGCUGAGAUGGUCCUCUCCAUGACCAAGGAGUUUGGAGCGGUGCACCCUGGGAGGUGGCAGCAGAGGCUGCUGGGUAGUGGUGCAGCAGAGGCUGAUGUGUUGUCACACCAUGGCUCAGAGAACACACAAUGCCACGUGGAUACACACAAUGCUCCCUAUUUACAGUGGAAACAUUACCUCUCCAACCAGCAGAUGAACGAACUCACCAAAGAUUUUAUACAGGCCAACAUUGCGGAGGUGCGGCAGGCCAGUCUUCAGCUGCAGAGGGCCAGACCUGCGGUACUGCUAGCUCCACUGGAUGACGAAAGACACAGCAUUCAGACCACAAUGCAGUCUUUAGGGCAGAGGUGGCCCUACAACCAGCAGUACCACAGCGCUACAGUCGACCCCCAGGAGGUAGAGGCUGAGCGGAAGGCUAGGGAGGCCCAGAGGAGGGCAGCCUGGAGGACCCACGAUGGCUUCCUCUACCCAGGCUUCAGGAGUUCCAUCGAGGCCAACGAACACCCCAGACACCCCGAUGAGGCCCGCAGGGACGAGCUCAGGAAGCCUUGGAGAGAGAAUGUGCUUCAUGGCAACACCCAGAGACCCACACUGCCUCAGAGAGACAUCCGACCCUGGCUACACCGCUACAAUGACAUGGAGCUCUACAUCACACCCCCACCAGUCUUGAGUCCUGUCCCCCCUGUUACUAUACACCUGGCAGGAGAGCGUCUGCAGAGGGAGCAGCUGCAGGGAGCCCAGUCUCAGUACUACCGCUGGCUGAGGAAGGUGCUGCCUGAUGCAGGACACACUCCCGCGCCAAACUGCAGCCACGUGCGGGUCCCACAGUUCAGCUGCCACAUGGGCGGGGCCGACCCAGGGAAGCUGCAUGAUAUACUGAAGGAUCGACCAAUGAAAUACUCCCUCAGGAAACCUGGCCUCACCCUCAAGCCCAUGCCGGUACUGUCAGUACUGCAACAACCCCAGCAGGUCUCCAGGUCAGGCCGUAUGGCGGUGGUGAGAGAGGAGAGCUCGUCCUUCGCCCCAGGACCGUUCCCGGAACACAGUCUGAGCUGGGAUAAGAACACCAUCCCCCGACAACCCUCACACUACAACAAGUACCACUUUACGGAGUUCCUGAGGCAGAGGUCGUUCCAGUACAAGAGGUCAGCUCCUCCCCUAACAGACAAAGAGAGGCGUAUCCACGUUUUCCAGAAACACCCAGCCCCCUAUGACACCAGACAAACUGCUGGAACCAGCCAAUCACAGCCAGCCCAGAGCAUCGUAGAGACUCGGACCUAUAGGGAUGUCACCCUGCACAUCAACUGAGGAAAACCCCUUGUGUGAGUCCCAAAUGGCACCCUAUACAGUGCACUACUUUGACCAAACGUUGGUACUGUAUAGGGAAUCGGGUGCCAUUUGAGAUGCAACCUCAGACUGAAACCACACCACUGCACUAUGGAAGACAAAUGUGAAAAAUCAACACUAAUAUAAUAAAUGGUCAGUAUGUUCCAACCACCACUGUUCAUUUCAUUACAACCUCUUCAGUAGUGUCAGUAGAAUCAUCAGUACUAAAAGAAGAGCAGCAUCCCAAAUGGCACCCUAUAUGCUAUGUAGUGCACUACUUUUG